AUGAGUGCUCUUUUAAAUAUUAUUUGUGCUGCGGAAGCAUCCGGUGAACUAGAUGAACCUACUUCGCCAAGACAAUUUUGGGUACAUCCACUCAAUCACAAAAGAGAGAAGGAUUAUUUGUUCGAAAACUUUUACACUUCAAUUCGAAAAUUCCCUCAAAAGUUUUUUGAAUAUUAUCGAAUGUCGCUAACUUCUUUCGAUGAGUUAUUGGAAAUAAUUCGUCCUAGUUUAACAAAGCAGCAUACUAAUAUGAAGAAUCCAAUAUGUGUUGAGCAAAGACUUACAAUUACUAUAAGAUCAAACUGCAACAGCAAAAGCCCAGGACCAGACGAUAUACCAUAUUCAUUCAUCAAAAAUCUCCCUAGCAAUGGCCUAAAUCAACUACUCCAAAUAUACAAUUUAAUCUGGGAAACAGGUUUUUACCCUGACCCAUGGCGCAAUGCAAUAAUCAUACCGAUCCCCAAACCCAACAAAAAUAAAUUCAACAUAUCCAAUUACAGACCAAUCUCCCUCAUAAGCACACUAAGUAAACUCUUGGAAAAAAUGGUCAACAAACGCCUAAUAUGGUUUCUUGAAACAUCCAAACUUCUACCUACCAACCAAUGCGGCUUUAGGCGAAAUCAUUCAACCUUAGACCACCUCUCACGUCUACACACUGAUAUCUGCAAUGCAAUAAAUACUAAACAACACCUUAUACUUAUAGCACUAGAUCUUGAGAAAGCCUAUGACAUGGUGUGGCGCAACAGAGUCCUCCAUAUAAUUCAUAAAUGGGGCAUAAACGGAAACAUCCUAACUUUUCUUAAAAAUUUCCUCUCAAAUCGUUCGAUACAAGUCAAAGCUCACCACAAUUUAUCCAACUUGUACCCUACUGAAAACGGCCUCCCCCAAGGAUCAGUCCUCAGCGUAACCUUGUUUCUUAUAGCCAUACAUGACAUAUUUCUCCAAGUCCAAAAACCCACCAAACACUUAAUAUUCGCCGAUGAUUGCUACAUAUACUGCAGUGGCACCAACAUAAAUACUACCCGAGAAAUACUUCAAAACGCACUCCACACUCUACAAGAAUGGGCAAAUAAAUCUGGAUUCAUUUUUUCUCCACAAAAAAGCAAAGGCAUACAAUUCAAUCUCAAUAUAGACACCAUCCUUUACCUUAAAAACACUCAAAUCCCCUUUCACAAAUCACUCCGUAUACUAGGAUUGAUUUUUGAUAAUAAGUUAAACUGGACUACGCAUCUUAAACAGCUAAAAGUUGCAUGCAAAGCCAAAUUGAAUGUUAUAAAAACUCUCGCCAACUAUACAUGGGGAGCAGAUAAAAAGUCUUUGUUAAACAUAUAUAAAACAUUAAUUCUAUCACAAAUCAAUUACGGAUCUCCAAUCUACAAUACAGCCAAGCCAAGACAUCUCAAAACACUAGACCCCAUACAUCACGAAGGAAUUCGUCUCUCGAUCGGCGCUUUCAGAACAAGCCCCACAGAAAGUAUAUUAUGCUAUGCAGGAGAAAUACCCCUUCAACUCAUAAGAGACAAAACCACUCUCCUACACUGUAUCAAACGGAAAACCACUCCCAACCACAUAGGCCAUAUACCCCUCCUCAAAAACCACAACCCAGUCAUCAAUCACAAUGUCAAAAAAAAACUUACAACAAUACAAGAUAUCUACUCCAACUUAUGCAAUAAAAUGAAUAUUCACACCUCCGUCGAAGAAAAAAUCACCUUUCAAAAAAACCCUCCCUGGCUAUGGAACAUAAAAUUAUCAACAGACUUACUCACACUCUGUAAACAUGAGAUAAGCCACAAAAUUAUAACAUCUCACUUUCACGAAAUUAUCCAAUCUCGUUUCCCUAAUCACUCUCUAAUCUACACGGAUGCAUCAAAGUCUGAAAAUGGUGUCGACUUCGCAGUUGUUCAUAAUCAAACGAUCAUUAAACACAAGCUUCCCACAAUAACAAACAUAUUCACUGCCGAAAACUAUGCAAUACUCGAAGCAAUUAAACUAGCGAAUUCGCUUCAAACAAAUAACUUUUUGAUUAUCAGCGAUUCCCUCAGCGUCCUAACAGCACUAAAAAACCCAUGGCCUAGUAGUGAAAUAACUCAAAUUACACAAUCUGAGCUAAUCAACACUCAGAAAACCAUCGAAUUUAUGUGGGUACCCUCCCAUGUAGGAAUUAAAGGCAAUGAAACGGCCGAUGAAGCAGCCUCACUCGCCUCUAAUACUCUACUCAACAGUACCUUUGACAAAAUAUCAUCCUACGAUAUUUUUACGUCCGUCAAAAAUAAAAUCCUUUUGUCAUGGCAACACCACUGGGACUCCAUUCCACCUACCAACAAACUUAAACACAUAAAAUGUUCUGUGAAACAGUGGUCUACACCUCCGGACCUCAACCGACGUCAAAAUAUUGCCAUCACUCGCAUUAGAAUCGGUCACACCUUUCUCACACACUCCUUCCUCAUCAGUAAAGAUCAACCCCCUAUAUGCAACACAUGCCAAACCCGUAUCACCAUAAGACACAUUUUUGAAGAAUGCCCAGUACACGAACCAACCCGCACUCUUCUCAACCUACCACCCAACAUCAAAGAAGCUCUAAAUGAAGAACACACUUUAAAAACUAUCGAAUUCAUCACCAAAGACAACCUUAUCAACAAAAUAUAG